GGCCUUUGAAAGUAAAGACACUGACACCAGAGGAGAUCUGGAGGAUCGUCGGUUCCACUGGGAGUUCAGCUGUAUACAUCCGACCCAAGAACACGUCAUUUGGGAAACAAGCUGAGGAACUAAUGUCCACUGAUGAAGAGUUUCAUCCAUCACAGAAAAACGAUGCUGCUGCGGAUUCUCCAUCCACUCCUGAUCAAACCAGUUUGUUGUUGCCCAGAGUUCAGUCUGACAGGAAAAGGUCCAGCAAACCUCUGAUCAAUGAACCCCCGAACCACGUAGAUCUCAGGAUCUGCAUCCUGGACUCAGAGAUCAAUGUGCUCUCAAUUAACGUGUAUAAGAAGUAUCCAGUGCAGCGAGUGCAGUGUCCUGGUGGCCUGCAUGAAGCGGAUUUUCUGGACCUACUGAGAUCCACCUUCCCUAAGCUGGCUGAUCAGAAAGAUUUUGACUUCUUCACAACUGAUAGGAAGAAGAAACUUGAGCCUCUGAAAGUAGAGACGCUGACACCAAAGGAGAUCUGGAGGACCAUCAGUUCCACUGGGUAUUCAGCCCUCUACAUCCGCCUGAAGCAGUCUGAGGAAGUCCAGGCCAGAGUCAAAGAGCCACAGACAAAAGGUGCUGCGUUCAAAGUUCAGCUUCACAGGAGAAGGUCACGCAUACGUCGGUCCAGUGAACUACAGAACCACAUCGAUCUCAGGAUCUGCAUUGUGGAGGACCCUCAGCUCGAAGCGCUCUCAGCCAGAGUAUAUAAGAAGUACCCGGUGCUGCUGCUGCAGUGUCCUCGUGGCCUACAGGAGGCGGACUUCCUGGACCUGCUGAGGUCCACCUUCCCUCAGCUGGCUGGUCAGAAACAUUUUGACUUCUUCACAACUGAUUUGAAGAAGAGACUCCAUCAUCUGAAAGUAAAGAUACUGACACCAGAGGAGAUCUGCAGCACUAUCAGUUCCACUGGGCAUUCAGCCCUCUACAUCCGCCUGAAGCCUCCUGCGCAAGUGAAGACCAGAGAGAAAGUGCCACAGAGAAAAGAUGCUGCUACAGAUUCUCCGUCCACAGAUCAAACCAGCCUGAACACAAGAGAUCAGUCUGACAGCAGUAGGUCUGGCAGACCUCAGGUCAGUGAACCACAGAAACACGUAGAUCUUAGGAUCUGCGUCCUGGAGGACUCGCAGCUCGAUGUGCUCUCAACCAGAGUGUAUAGGAAGUACCCGGUGCUGGAGCUGCAGUUUCCUGGUGGCCUUCAGGAGUUGGACUUCCUGGACCUGCUGAGGUCCACCUUCCCUCAGCUGGCUGCUCAGAAACACUUUGACUUCUUCACAACUGAUUUGAAGAAGAAACUCCAGCCUCUGAAAGUAGAGAUGCUGACGCCAGAGGAGAUCAGCAGGAGCAUCCGGCAUUCAGCCCUCUACAUCCGACUGAAGGCACAAGAGGAAGUCCGGUCCAAUAAGGAAGAGCUUCGUCAUGCUGAUGCUGCUAAAGAUUCUUCAUCUACUGAUCAAACCAGCCUGAACACAAGCAGCUCAAGGCAUGAAGACCAUGAAGACAUGGAAACAGAGGACACUGAUGAAGAUGAAGAUGGUGGAAGAUCAGAGUCAGCUGGCCUACCGGUUCUCUCUGAGGGCGCAGGGGACGGAGAUGAUCUGAGUGACGACGACCGGAAACAAGACACAAGUGAGAAACAUCUGAGGGAGAGUGAACCUGAGAAGACGACUAGGAAGAAACGAGUCAAAACAAAGAGAAGGAAACGGAUGAAGGCGUCGACUGAUAAGAGUGACGCUUUUCUGUCCUGUAAAGUCUGCCGAGCUCCGCGCACCUCAAGGAACAUGUUGAUUAAACACGCCUGGCGUCAUGUGGACGAUCCAGAAAGGCUCUGUGGAGUGUGUGGAGAACAAGCAGAGUCUGUAGAGGAGCUGAGGAGUCACCUUCAAAGUCACCAGAAAACACACCGCUGCAACGUCUGUGGAAAGUCUUUCCUCUCCACCCACGGCCUCUCCGGACACGUCGCUCGACACAAAGGGAAGAAACCGUACGAAUGUAACAUUUGCCACAAAUCGUACGCUCAGAAUUGGGUGCUAAACCAUCACAAGUGGGUCCAUGAGGCGGACAGGCCUCACAAAUGUGACAUUUGCCAAAAAUCAUUUUAUUCAAAGAUGGUGCUGAAACGUCACAAGGUGAGCCACACGGGUGAGACGCUGCACCGCUGUGAAACCUGCGGGAAAUCCCUCAGCAGUCUUGUAUCUUUAUCCCAACACAUUUUGAGGCAUUCUGCGAAAAAAGCAGAGUUCGCCUGUGAAAUCUGCAGCCGCAGAUUUAAUACAAAUCAGAAGUUAAAGAUGCACAGGAGGAGCCACUGCAAAGAGGAGCCGCACGUUUGCAGCAAAUGCAGCAAAGGAUUCUCCAGCAGCUCCAUGCUGGCGGCUCACAUGAGGGUCCACACCGGGGAGAAACCGUACAAGUGCUCUGUCUGCGACAUGGCCUUCAGUCACAAGCACUGUAUGAAAAGACACAUGACUACGCACGGAUCAGACUUAUGCAAGACUGAAGCUCAGAAUCUAUCUGACAGAAUUAACGGAGCUAAAAGUGUUGAACCUGUCCUGUGAUUUCAGAUUAUCUUAUUCUUUCUUUGCACAAACUGUUUUGUUGUUUAACAUGUUGAAAAGACUGGCAGUGCGUGAUGCUACUUAAAAAAGUAAGUUGGCUAUGAUCUACAUUUUGUCACAAAAUCCCCUAAAGACUCAAACCAACAAGAAUCUUAACACGCUGUUUCAGGAAUAACGGGUGGAAAUGGUUGAUCGUAAAUGUUUAUUUACAGAAAUUAGAGUUACCAUUUCAAGUGCACAAAAAAGUGCUUCAGUAUUUUUAUAAAAAAGAAAAAUGUACAACAUCAAAUGUUUGAUGGAAAACAAUCUUAAGGAAAGUUGAUGGACAAUUUUACAUAGAAAUCUUGAGAUUGAGAUAAUUUUACUGUGAAUUGUUAGAAUGUAUUUCCUUUUAUUAAUGGCAUGUUUUAUUAAAUGUAGGACUUUUACCAGCUAAUGUUUCAAAACACAGGAAUAAUGCGUGCGUGGGAGUAGUUUGUUAACCAACGAAGGUUGAGGUCAAGGGCAACUGGACCUUGUAGAAGAAAAACUAGAAGACGUUUCGUCCCUCAUACAGGAGACUUCUUCGGUUCUGACUGACAGGUAAGUAAACUAAGCUAUUUAACCUCAGUGGGAUCGUUAGCUAGGAUCGUCGAUACCGCUGGUUCGUUAGUGUUCCUGACUGUGGUAACGACAGUCGUCAUGGCCAAGACUGAACGACCGUCGUUGGU